AUGGCGGCGGCAGAGCAAACGCCCGCCCCAGCGACCGGCCCUGCUCCAUUGGCACCUCGGAAAUUCAAGGCUUCAGAGCUGCCUCUGUCAAAAGCCACAAGGUCUUCAGUCGAAGGUCUAGCCCACAGCUUUAAGAAGAAGGGUGGCUACGAUGCAUCACGCAAGCAAGUCUGGGAGAAGUUCGAGCAAAGUGACUUGGAAGCUCAAGUGAUCAAAUCGAUUAUUGAAGUCGCCGAACAAGAAGUCGAGCGCAACCCUUCCCAGCUCCUCAGCCUCGACCGUCGCAAAGCCUCUGCGUUGAUCGAUGGCGCUCUCGAUCGCUCCGGAAUCUACCAGAAGGCCGAAGAAGUCCUAGACCAGCUGAUCGAUACAAAGGCUAUUGAGGCACAGAUACGUCUACUGCGCGCGGCUGACAUUGGUGCCGAAGAGGCAGAGGCAGAACGAGUACGUGGCUCCAAAACAGACGUCGAAUAUGCCGCCGAAUCAACAGAAAGACUUGCCGAGCGUGAAACCAUACGACGAAGGCUACGCCUCAAGGAGGAGCAGAUUUUAGAGGAGAAGCGCAAGAUCGAGCGGGAGGAGCGGAAGAAACGAGAGCGCGAGAGAGAACGGGAGGUUGAGGAGGCCGAAGCCAAGCGAAAAGAGGAACGAGAUGCGCGACGCCGUGAGCGCGAGAAGAAGGAAGAGGAGCGCGAACUCGAACGGCAGAAAGAGAGAGAAGAGAGACGCCUCGCCAGAGAGCGCGAUCGAGAGAAGGAUCGGGAACGCGAAAACCGACGCAGAUCCAGAUCCAGAUCUAGAUCCCGCCACCGGGAUAGAGACCGUGACCGAAGUCGCCGACGUGACAGAAGCCACCGGCGUGACAGCAGGGAUCGACGGCGGCGCGACCGAUCACCAAGAGAUGAGAAAGAGCGUGGCAAAACCGAGGAUCUCAAAAAGCAACUUACCAAGGAGGAUCAUGAGAGACUCGAACGAGAGGCGCUGGCCGACCUUCUGCGUGAGAGCAACAAGGGUAGCUCUAAACAACCAGAAGUUGAGAUUGACGAGGCAUUGCCGGCGCCACCCCCUCGAAGAGCCAAGCCCGCAUCUGCUAUUCAACCUAUACGUCGCGACUCUUCGAAGCCCUCUGAGCUGAAGAAAGUACCCGAGCUUGUGAAGACAGGCUCUAGAGACACGCCCAAGGACGUCAAAGAGGUCAAGAGCUCGAAAGAGGUUAAGGAUGCGAAACCAGCCAAAGAAGUCAAGGAGACGAAGCCAACCAAGGAACCCAACGAUCCUCUGAAGCCUAGUGGAGUCAAGGGUUCCAAGGAUUCCAAAGAUGCCAAAGAUGCCAAAGAUACCACGGAUACGAAGGAGACCAAGGACACCAAAGAUUCCAAAGAUUCCAAGGAUGGGAAGGCCAAGGACGAGAGGCGUGACAGUCGAGCCAGCCCUGCACCAUCGAAGCAUCAUGGCGAUCGAACACGAGAGAUCGAGAUCGCGAUCGUGCCAGAGAACGUAGUCGCUCGCCCGUCAGAGCCGAAAGGAGAGAGAGAAGUAGGUCGAGGCAUCGGUCGGAUCGCCGAGAGCGCAGCCGCUCGAGAGAUCGCGAGCGGGAACCGGAAAGAGACUCUUACAGGCCAGGGGCUCGAAACUCAAGCCGGUCUCGACUUCGCGAGAGAGACAGGCCCGAAAGGAGCCGUUCUAGAACUCGUUUGGCUGAACGCAAGGAGCGAAGCCGGUCGCGAGAUCGAGAUCGAGAUCACUACAGACCAGACAAUAGGGACCGUCGCCGAUCGCGCGCUGCAGACGACCGGGACAAACGAGACCGAAGUCACUCACGACUUCGCUCUGAUCGACGGGAUACUGGUACACGCCGGGAUCGGUCCCGCUCUCCUCGGCCGCGAACCGAGAGGCGUGACAAAAGUCGGUCUCGCUCUCGACCUACUACCUCGAGCAAACCGGAGCUCAACGACGCAGAGAUUUGGAAGCAGGGCGAGAUCAGGAGACGCGAGCAGGAGGCGAAAGCCUAUCUUGCUGCGCAGCGUGAUGCCCGCCAGAAGGGACUACCCAUCCCUGGACUUGACGAUAGAACUAGGGAACGGGAUCGCGACAAAGAUCGAGAUCGGGAUAGGGAUAGGGAUCCUGACAGGCGAGGCGACAAGUACCGCGCCCGAGAUCACGAGACAGAUGAUCGCCGUGAUAGGGACAGAGAUCGUGACGGCCGCCGCGAACGAAAACGCAGCAAAACCAGAAGCCGCAGCCGGCGCCGAGAUCGUGAGAGAAGCCGGGACCGGGACAGAAGUCGCGAUCGUGAGCGCCAUCGUUCCCAUGAUCGGUAUCGAGGAGAUGCGGGCAGGGACAGAGAUCGGCCUCGUGACAAGGAUAGGGACCGUGAUAGAGAUGGAGACAGAGACAGGCGAAGUCGACGCGACAGAAGUACCGAAUCUCGACGGGAGCGACGGGACAAGAGUGCGGAGCCCCGACGUGAGCGAAGAGACAGAGACAAGAGCAUCGAGUCCAGGCGCGGCCGACGGGAUAGGAGUCGCAGCCGCAGACGGAGCCGAAGUCCUUGAUAGGUCUCGUCACUCGGUCCGGUUACGAUGGCCACCAAACAUUGGAAUUGGUCACCAUCCGGGUGGCCAGCAUCGCCAGCGUCGCAACUAG